AUGGAUAUAUCUUCCUUCGUUAGACUUACUUCCAGUAGUGUAACCCAUUCUUACGAGUCUCAUAGUCAGAUCGAGGAGUUCCAAUCAUUCGAGCCUAACUAUUUCUUCAACCUGGCAGACUUUUUGUGUGCUUUUACUUCAGCGUUUUAUCUACGUUUCCGAGACAAGGAUAAAAUGAAGGGUGUGAGUCUCUGCAUUUGCACAUUUCUAAUGUGUUUCGGUGGCUCGACGAUGACGAAUUUUGUUCAUGGUUUAAUGAUGGGUUAUUUACGACGCUCUACUAGUUUUGUUUCAUUUUUGAUCGGACUAGGUUCUGUACUUCUUCUUCCCCAGUCUGCGAUUGAUUCUCUUUUCCCUACCUUUUUGUAUCAGUGCUUUAACUUUGUUGUUGACUGCCUGCUUCGAAUCCACUGUGUCACCUCGUGGGGUGUGCAUACGGCGAUCUCUGCUGGAGGAAGCGUGGUCUCAGCCACGUUCGCUUCCAUGGCGACGGGCUGUGGCGGAGGAAUGCUGGCGACGCUUCUUCUCGAUGAUUCGUCGAGUGUGUGGAUGGAUAAGCUAACACGUGUGUUAGUAAAAUACAAAAGAGAACUGGAGCAUUUGUUGACGUUGUCUCUGCUCUAUCAAGCGCUUAUCGGGUUUCUUCCUUUGUCGUUUGUUUCGCCGAUGGAUUUUAUAAGCGCUAAAAGCGUGUGCUUUGUUGUCUUCUUGUGUCUUCAUUUCAUGGAUCGAGUGAUUGGGAUUGUAAUCGUUUGGGCGUGCAUUAUUGAUAGCGUUUGUUUUUGCCUAUUCCGAUGA